GGACUUUGGAGGGUCACGCCGCUUUUGGAAGAGCCCAGGUCGCGCCGCAGAUCGGUGCACCCUUGACGGGUUUGGAUUCAAUCACAAGUAUUUUCGCUUGUGCUUCCGUCGCGGCAGCGCUGAGCCAGGGUCGGCGGGCCCGCCCAUCCUUAAAGAAGCGACCUUCGACGAGGCCGUAAGGCGAUCUUCGUUCAUCGCCAAGUCCCCCCGUUCUCCUGUCGCCCCAUUGCCUCUCCUUCGUCCGCCAUGGGUGCACUAGACUCGUCGCUCGGCGCUCUCCUGAUCGGGACGUGGUUCAACGCGAUGCUGUACAUGCUGGAGAUCAUGCAGGUCAUAACGUACUACAGGACGUUCCCGAAGGAUCGGCUGGCCUUCAAGCUGACCGUCGCCUUCUCCUUCUUCGUGGACCUCCUUGGGACGGCGAACAACUGUGCCGUCGUGUACCUGUACACCAUCACCAACUGGGGUAACCAAGAAUUCCUGCUCGUUCAGGGGUGGACGAUCCCCACAUAUCUUGCCCUGUCGGGCCUCUCCGCCUUCGUUUGUCAACUUUUCCUCUCAUGGAGGUUCUACAACUUCUCUAAGAAUUGGUUUGUGACGGCCUUCCUCGUCGCCACUACCCUCGUCGCCUUCAUUGGCUCCGAUAUCAACGCCGACACCGUCGUCAAAUUCCCGAAGUUCACGCAGCGCGACCACAACAUCAAAACGGUCACCAUUUGGCUGGUUGCUAGUGCUUGCUCGGAUGUCUGCAUUGCGGCCGCGCUCGUCUGGUCGCUCCGCGGAAUCAGGUCCUCGUUCGACGGCACCAAGAGUCUGAUUCGGCGCCUCACCUACACGGCGAUCCAGACCGGCGCGGCGACCUCAGUGCUCGCCGUCAUCUGCCUCAUCUUCUACCGCAUCAACACGGAGAGCAACAUCACCGUCGGCUUCGGGUUUUGCCUCGGGCGCGCGUACACGCUCACGAUGCUCUUCAACCUGAACACCCGCGUGACCGGCCGCGCCGACUCUUCCAGCAACGGUCCGAGCGGUGCCUCCGGCGUGCAUGAUAUCGAGCGCGACGCGACGAACAUCCACCUCAACUCGCUCAACGCAGGCGGUAUCAACGUUCACCGCACAGCCAUCGUGCACAUCGACGAAGGCACGAAGACGUACUACGCUGGGGAGCCUGCUGGUUCAGAUACAGAUGUGCACUCCGAGUCGGAGAGGAAGGUCAACCCCGAGUUGCGCUGAGCGCAGUAUCUCCUCUUUACGACACCUUAUUGGUAAAUUCAUCUUCAAAACUUCCUCCGUAUUUACAGUAGAUUAUAUUUUCAGUAUCCUCUCGCUGUACAACGCGCUCUCUUCGCAGACGCGUCCUGGUAUCCGAGUAUCUCGUUCUUUGUUCGC